AUGAGUGCAGAUUCUACCACAAACUCCUUCAAAGUUGUUGUCGUCGGUUCAUCUGGUGUCGGCAAAACAGCUGUUGUUCGCCAACUUAUUGACGGAAAAUUCAACGAAGAAGGCCAGCCAACAAUCGGUGUCGAAUUCAAGACAUACUCAUUAACAGCUGAUGGUGAUAACAUCAAGCUUCAAAUUUGGGAUACAGCCGGUCAGGAACGUUUCCGCUCCGUUUCCAAGGCUUACUUCAGGAACGCUGUCGGUGCUAUUCUUGUUUACGAUAUUACAAGCCGUGCUUCCUUCGAAGAGCUUAACACAUGGUUGAACGACCUUAACGCUCUUGCUGCUCCAAAUGCUUGCAUCGUCCUUAUUGGCAACAAAUCAGAUCUUACAGACGAUCGUCAGAUCGAUGAAGCAGAAGCUGAUGCUUUCGCUCAGCGUUAUGGCCUUACAAGAAUCGAAACAUCCGCUAAGGAUGGCACUGGUGUUAAGGAGGCUUUCGCUCGCCUUGGUGAAGGUAUCAUUAGAAAGGAAAAGGAAGGCAAGCUCGUUACACCAAAGCCAGCAUCAGAGGCUGGUGCUCUCAAUACAAACACUGUUUCACCAAAGAAACAAUCAUGCUGCUAA